CAGCAGGGGCCCCGGCGCGGCCCCAGAUAGGGGCUCGGUCUGCGCGCGGCCCGGGGCUUCGGGCCCAGCUACUGCAGGUUCCACGUACAUUGGAGUUCCUGCUAGUGCUGACCAUGACCAAGGCAAUUCAUGUCAGCUUUAUUGUGUUACUGUCCAUGUGGAUGGAGGCUAAUGUCAUGUUAAAACAUACAAGUCAAAUUGGUCUUCCAUAACCCUUUACACUGCAGGAAUGAUCUUUUUGGCUAUGUAGCUAAUCUUCAUUGCUCAUGGGUCAGCAAGGCCAAAAACCACCUACUUGUUUAAAAUUUCCCUGAAUGGCCACAUGCAUUCCAGCUGAAGACUGAUACCACAGCAACCAAUUACUUUUGGCAACUGAUCAGAAACUGCUUCAUGCCUCAUCUGUAAAUAGUUAUCUAUCUGCUAUAAAACUAUAAUGUUGGCAACUAGCUACCCACAGUGCUUCUAGUAUGUCAGCUGUGGGCAUCUUCAUUUUGGCUGUCUCCUGGGCCAAGGCACCAGCUAUGCAGAAUUUCUUUAACAGAAAUCACAGGGCUUACAAUAAGAUUUCAAAUCAUCAUGCCAAACUGGAAAUUUCCCAGACCAGAAUGAAAGCGAUAUCAAGGGAAUGAAGGUGGCCUAUAAGAAGACAAAGAAGAGUAAAUUCAGGAGUGUUACCAAUGUUUUGUCCAUUUCCUCAUGAAAUGAAUUGAAUUAUGAGAUUCUGCCCCAUUACAAGACUGGUGUACUUAAUGGACAGCCUGGCCCUCUUAAUGCUGCUCAUCCCAGGCUUGAAGCACGAAGACCCCGUGUCCUAACUGGACAUGCUUCACAGUCGUCAAGCCAGGAGAACAAUUCAAAAGAGGGCAGACUGCUUGAAUUUCAGGCGUUGUCAUAUCUCUGCUAGUCUCCUUCUCAGCUGGAGUUUGGAAAAAGGAGACUUCAGGUUGCAGAGAGAGGGUGAGAAGCAGUGUAACUGCCGGACCAUGGCUGAGUAUGUUCAUCCUCUCAGAUGUGAAGGGAGGACAGUGAAUUCCAAAGACAGACAUUUCAGGGAUUUUGAGGUGCUUACACACAAACCCUCAAGCCAUCCUGCUCCCUCUGCCUCAUGUGCACUGCUUGCAUCUGCUCCCUCAGCUCCGUGUAAUGGUGCACUCCAGAAUAGAGUGCUGUGGUACUUGAAACAGCAGGGGCAUAUCUCAGCCAUAGCCUGUGCAUGCCAGUGCAGAGAAGAGGGAAUGAGAAACAGCGCCCUGAAGUGAUGCACUUCUGCUACCCUCCAGGAUAUUGUGACCACUUGCAUGGUGAAAGAACAUCAGCAAAAGUGAAAAAAUGGGUAUAAAAACAUUUACUCAUAAUUCCCCUGCUCACAGCCAGGAGAUGCUUGGAAAACUUAACAUGCUUCGCAACGAUGGACAUUUCUGCGACAUCACCAUUCGCGUGCAGGACAAAAUCUUCAGGGCACACAAGGUGGUCUUGGCAGCCUGCAGCGACUUCUUCCGCUCCAAACUAGUUGGCCAAGCAGAAGAUGACGGCAAGAGUGUAUUAGAUUUGCAUCAUGUGACAGUGACUGGCUUCAUACCCCUUCUGGAGUACGCUUACACAGCCACAUUGUCUAUCAACACAGAAAAUAUUAUUGAUGUGUUGGCUGCAGCCAGCUACAUGCAAAUGUUCAGUGUUGCUAGUACAUGCUCAGAAUUCAUGAAGUCGGGUAUUUUAUGGAAUGCACCCAACAGCCAGCAAGACAAGUGUGCUAGAUGCGACAAGGAAAAUAGUGCAAACCGCAACUUUACCUCUCGAGAUGGCAGCCUUUUCCCAGUUUCCUCCGAAUGCAGUGUGGUGGAACGAGCCAUUCCUGUUGUCCAGAGUCCCGAAGGAAAGCGCAAAACGCUACAUAGUCAUGUCUCCUGAAAGCCACUUAAGUGUAACACACAGACGAACUCCCCCCAAGUGCUCAAUCCUUCAGCUUCCUACGCAGAGCCAGAAAUCAGCGGUAGACUCUUCCUUAGUUUUCCUUGGACUUUUUCUUUUGGAAUUGCUCAAGGCUUCAGUCUGAGGAAGGUGAAACAGGUAGAGAAUGCUAGGACUUUGGCUCCUGGUCCCUCUGAGGCAGCCAGAAGAACUGAUUACGUGACAUGUGAGAGCACAAAGGCCAUCUCUCUUGUGAUUGAAGAAGAUGUGCGUGUCAAAGUGGAAAGGUUACGUGAUGAGGAGGUUCACGAGGAAGUGCAGCCUGUCAGUGCAUCCCAGAGUUCUCUGAGUGAUCAGCAGACAGUCCCAGGAAGUGAGCAAGUUCAGGAAGAUCUCCUGAUCAGCCCACAGCCUUCCUCUAUAGGUUCAAUAGAUGAAGGGGUUACUGAGGGAUUACCCACUCUCCAAAGUACUUCUGGCACUAAUGCUCGUGCAGAUGAUGAUGAUCGGUUGGAGAAUGUUCAGUAUCCCUACCAACUCUACAUUGCCCCUUCUACCAGUAGCACAGAGAGACCCAGCCCAAAUUGCCCAGAUAGACCUUUUCAGUGUUCAACCUGUGGAGUCCGAUUCACCCGCAUUCAGAACUUAAAACAGCACAUGCUCAUCCACUCAGGCAUUAAACCAUUUCAGUGUGACCGUUGUGGGAAAAAGUUCACCCGAGCUUACUCGCUAAAGAUGCAUCGCCUGAAGCAUGAAGGUAAACGCUGUUUCCGGUGCCAAAUAUGUAGUGCCACUUUUACUUCCUUCGGGGAAUAUAAACACCACAUGCGGGUUUCUCGGCAUAUUAUCCGCAAGCCUCGGAUUUACGAGUGCAAAACAUGUGGCGCCAUGUUCACCAACUCUGGAAAUUUAAUCGUUCACCUGAGGAGUCUGAAGCAUGAAGCAUCAGAGCUAGCAAACUACUUCCAGAGCAGCCAUGGACCCUCCCAGCGCUGUGCCCUACGCCCGCUUGGAGAUCCCCGACCUCGACUCCGUGCCCUCCUACAAGUACUGGUCCAUCUUCAACAUCCUGUGCUGCUGCCUGCCCCUGGGGCUGGUCGCUAUCUUCUACUCGGGACAGUGCUGUUUCUGGGGCUGAUCCAGAGCAUUGCUGAAGACCAGCAUCUCCCUGACUUCAAUAGGAGCCACAGGUCCUCAGCACUCUUGGAAACAAGCAGAGCGAUUGUGGAGGAGUGCCUAGCACGCAGAGACAUCGCAGGAGCAAAGGCGGCCUCCAACACUGCAAGAACCAUCAACAUCCUCGCCGUGGUGAUCGGGCUGGCAUGCAUUAGUGUGACCAUAUUCUUUAUGAUCCAGAGAUUUGAGCUGCUCCAAGCAGCACAACCCACCCAGUUUCCCUUACAUUAUAAUUUCGGCUGAGGCCAUGGUGCUGCCCCCUAGGCUUGGGGAGAUGAAACCACCACUGCAAAAAUCUGUCUUUGAAUUCUGCUCUGUUUCGGUUCUCGCUCUUCUUUAUUCUGCUAGUAGCCAGUAAGCUUCCUCUGCAGGUCUUAUGCCCAAGAUCAUCAUCAAGCUGACAGCUGCAGAUAUUGAAUUGGGACUCCCUCUCUCCCAGCCUUCAAUGCAGCCACUUGGGUAUAAUUCUCAUGGCACUAACUCCUUUCUCACUAGACUGGAAAGAAAUCAAGAAAAAGGCACUGAAAUCUUUCCAGGCCACACAGACAGACUUGCUGCCAGUGCUGAGAUUCUUAAAUAAAACUCCCCCUGUAGUGCAGCCCCUGCUUCCAGGUGGUAAGCUUGCAGGAACUAUUGCUCCCCCAUAGUGGCUGCUGGCUGGGUGCCCAGCUCUGAAGGCAGCAUCACCACCAGCAGCUGCGGGGGGCCAUGAAAGCAGCUCCUGACCCUGUGUCUCUGCCCAUCGGGGGGCCCUGUCCAGGGCAGAUGGAGGAUUUGGGACUCCCCACAGCUGCCUGUUCUGGCCUGGGUUCCUGGAUCCUACUCCCCAAGGGCUCUUGGCCCCAGAGCCAGGUCCCUUAGAAUGGUGGCUGUUACUGGCUGUGAGCAGUUGAAGGGCAGCAGGGAGCUGAGGAGCAGCCACAGCCUGGCCAGGGGGCAGGGCCUGGGAGGAAAUGGGGUCAGAAUUUAGGAGAAGCAGGGGUGGGGCUAUGGAGAGCCAGGGGCAUCAGCCCCCCUUCUGGCUCAGGCUGGCACCACCUCCCCUCUUCCAGUCUCCUCUCCUCAAAUGUGUUGACUAGCAAUGAUGCCUGGGGGCCACAUUCAGCCCCUGUCUCCCACCUUCCCCCAAAGCAGCCUUCAGUGGCUCUAGCUAGCACCUGUCCUAAAGAGCUAUGUGCUUUAAACAGAUUACUAAGUGCCUUGUAGCUGAGACCACUGUUUUCCCACUAGCUCCUGGAGGAGACCAUUGUAGUAGAUUACUGAGAGCUGUUCAGGGCUAAUUAAUGUAAUCACUUCUCUGUGAAAGUUUUGUAUCAACUCUUGUUAUAAAUGUAACUGAAAGAUUGGGAUAAAAACAUGUCUGUUUUACUCUGGCUGUGACACCACCGCUUUGUGUGAUCAGUUUCAUAGUUGCUGCUAUGUGUGGGUUUUUGCCCACCGGCAACAAAGCAAAAAGAUCAUAAAUGGAUCAUACAAGGCCAGAAAGUGGUAGGGGAGCUCCAAGGCAGAUAAGGAACCUUGAACUACUUUAAAUUCUUGGGAGUAGAUUUUACUGUGUCUGUUAAGCACAGCACCUUCCCCUUCACCAGAGCUGAUAGAACAGUUCAGAAGCACAGGGAGCAUAGGAGAAUGGAUUUUACACUGGGCCUGUAUAGUGUUUAAAAGAGGGUUUAUCUGUAAACAGCUUACUGCAAUGUUUCUAAAAGUUUACAAAAACAUAAAUGAAUGCUUCCAAUAUUAAAGGACAGUGGGUCUGCUUUUUA